AUGCUCGGCCAAACACAAAGACCCGCUGUUCGCGCCAUCGGUCGCGUUCGCUGCCAGGUGAAGCCUCGCGCGUCUCGACCCUCUCGCUUCCAGUCCACCUCGUCCGGCCCCUCAUCCAGCACCAGGACGGGCACUGGCACCAACGCCGCUCUCGCCGGCGGUCUCGCCGGCGGUGCCACCGCCGCGCUCGUGGGAUACGGCAUCUACUCCUUCUCCGGGGCCAAGUCCUUCGUCGACACCAACCGACAAGCCAAGCAGUACCUCGAGCAGGCCAAGCAGAAGAUUGCCGAGGCGGCCCCCGAGCCCAAUGAGUCGUACAACUGGUUCAAAAAGACGGCCAAGCGGUACGCCGUGUUCAUCCCCGGUGCGCGCGACUACGUGGACACUGCGUUCCGGGAUCUGGAUCAGAUCAAGGAGAAGCACGGCGAUGACUUUGAGAAGAUCAUCCAGGAUGCCUACCAGGAAUUGAGCGAUGUAUCGAGCAGGGGCUCCUUUGAUUCAGAUACCGCAUUUUCGGCAUUCCAUGUGCUACAGAAGCAUCUUGAUCGGCUGAUGGACUUGGCCGGUGAUGUGAGUGACCAGAUUCUGGAUAAUCACCCCCAGGUCAAGGAGAAGAUCGGCGGCAGCUACCAGCAACUCAAGGAGAUGGGAGAGGCAUACGGCCCCCAGGCCAAGGAGGAGGUGAACAAGACCUGGAACCAGAUCACCGAUGUGAUCAAGAAGGGUGCGAGCGUGGACGCCAUUGCCGAGGUGAAGAAGUUGAUCGAUGAGAAGAAGCAGAAAUUGCAGAAGCUCGGCGACGAGGCCUGGCAGAAGGGACUCGAGCAGUCUCGUCAGCAGCUCGAGAAGAACCCCAAGCUCAAGUCUCUGGUUGAGGACAACGCGGACGCCUUGAAGAAGGGCAACUUCUCCGACUUGUGGAAGAUGAUCCAGGAGAGCGCCUCCUCUGGCAACACCGAGCAGGUGGAAAAGUUCGUCAAGGACAAGGUGGACCAGGCCAAGAGUCACGGGUUCGGUGAUAUGGACAAGUGGUUGCAGGCCAUCCCCGGUGGUUCCAACAUCAUCCCUCAAUUGCAAUCUCUCCAACAGGUGGCCCAGAAGAAGGGUGGGGAGGCCGAAAAGGUCCUCAAGGAGACCUUUGAGGAGCUGCAAGAUCUGCUGAAGAAGCGCAAGGAGCAGGUCGAGAAGAUUGCAGAUGACGCCAAGGAGGAGUCCAAGAACGAGACCAAAUAG